GUACAGGCACACAGAAAUCACAGAUAAGCCCCGAUAGUGAAAGUUGCCGAUAGUCCAUCUGUGACCCAAAUUAAUGCCAUGCCAGGAGUGAGGUUGGUCGUAAAUAGAUGUGGUCAUGUGAAGAAUUCGUACUUCCCUAUUACAUGUAGGUUAAAAUUAUAAGUGCGUAGUAGAAGACGUUUGGUGAUAUUCAUCCGAAACGAAAAUCCGAAGCCUAUGGCAGAUAGAUGGAUGUUGUUGGGAACGAACAACUUCACUGAUGAAAGCGAUUGCCACCUGACAAGAUGGGUGGCAAUAAUUCAAAACCGGAUGAAGAGAGCACCAGUACAGCUCGUAUGAAACCCGAGUUAAGGACGAAACGAAAGGAGCCCUGGAAGGACAAAUUGAAGCAACUGAGGCCAAUAUUGCUUGAAAGUCUGGAUCAGUUGGACAGCCUCCUUGAUUUGGUCGAGGAAAAAGAUGUUUUAGCAGGUGACGCAGUCAGGUGCAUUAAAGAUGAGCCCACUAGAGAUGGCAAGAUAAGGUUGCUUGUUGAAAAGCUGUCGAGGCGAACGAGGGAGGACUGGCGUGAAUUUAAAAAAUGUUUGGAAGAGACGGAAAAUGGCCACUUGAUUCGAGAUUUUGAAAAUUCAUACGAAGAAAACCAAGCCAUCGAAGAACCAAAGGUUGUUCGGGCAAAGGAACACCACGGCAAAUCUGGUGUUGGAACUUUUGAAGCAACUGCCAUGGCACGCAUUCCAGUGUCUAAGUCAAAAAACAAUGUCAACGAUCCUAGAAUUAUACAGUCGGCUUCUCGAUUUCCAACUGGUGUCUCCCCACAACAGUUGCCACACAGACGAUAUUCCGAAGCAUUCACCAAUGCUGAUCAAGUUUCUAUUGCCAGAUUGUCACAAAUGUCAGGCUCCCCUGCUUACUCCCCGAGCCCUCCUCUGGGAAUGGACAGAGGCUACGAGUCCGACAACUUUGAUAUGGACGAAAAGGAUGUCAUUGGUCUGAUGACAAAGGUGCUAAAGAAGCGCUAUCUUUGGGACUACAAAACUAUCUUGUUGCUGCCUUGGCAGAAGUACCGUGAUAUCCCCAUCUCCCAGAUAAACCGUAACUUUGAGAUGAGGAAACCAAAUGGUGAAUAUUGUGACGUUACACUGGAUGAUGUUUUGAUUAAAGCAGCCGAAGACAAGAAAGACAGGUUUAUUUUGGAGGCACCAGCAGGGUACGGAAAGACAUCAUACCUGAAGAAGUUAGCUUACUUGUGGGCAAACGACUAUCAGAGCUUCAGUCACUUCGAGUUCCUCUUUCAUAUAUGCACCGACAAGUUCAUCGAAUACCAAAGAGACAAUGACGAAAAAAAUGGAUUGUCUGAUUACAUUACUUCUGAUGACUUCUUCACCAGCCAGAGCCUAAAGAAAUGUCCUCCCAAAACCUUGAUCGAAUACCUCGAUCAACACAGCGAUAGGGUCAUCUUCAUCAUUGACAACAAUUACAAGCCUGAAUUACCUGAGGACAUCGACAAAAUAUUCCAGCGAAAGAGCAUGGCCGAGAGUACCGUCAUCUUCACGUGCAGAAGCAACCAUGUCCCAGCCUUGUAUCUCGAUACCGUGAAUAGGUACACCUCUCUUCGAAUUACCAAGCAUCACCCCGACACCAUCCCCAAGCACAUAACUGAAUACUUCAAGUGGAAACACAUGGAAGACAGCGGGAAAUCCCUUCUCCGUAACCUGGGCAUUGAGGAUGACGGAACGAUUGGUGACGCGUCGAGGCUGGGAUGGCUGACUGUCCCAUUGAUCCUGGUCAUCGUGACGCUGUUAUGGGAGAACAUGUGCACCGAUCCAGAAGCGGCACACGAGAAGAAGACAUUCACUCUAGAUGAACCUUACAUCUACCAGAAGGUACUCAAGAACAUCAUCAAGAAGUAUGAAUGUCAUGAAAAAGGGCUUCAAUCCCGUGUGGGCGCUACAGGAAAUCCGGAAUACGACGAUGAAAUGCUCGCCCUUGGAAAGGUCGCGUUGCAACUGAUUCUUGACGAACGAACAAACAUUCCUGCAGAAAAACUUGAAGAUACCAAAUUUGAAGACGAUACAGCAUACUUCCUAAGAAACGUUGGUUUACUGGAGCCAUAUACUCGACGCCACGACCUAAUCGACCACAAGGAGUACAGAUUCGUUGAUGAUAUUUGGAGGUUUUUCCUGGCUGCUCGAUACUUAAAGAACAACCAGGAACAGGGGAUGAUGGGUGAGGAGGAUAUUGCGAGUUACGUUAAGAAGGUGAAGCGCCUGAAAGCCGUUAGCUAUAAAAACAUUGAUGAACUGUUCACCAAGUUUAUUGCCCUGUAACUUACAGGAAGAACUAAGUGUAUGUUGACCUCGAUUGUGCCAUGAUAUGACUAUGGGUUGGUGCAAAAUGUUUAAGAAAUCGAAGUCUCAUCGAUUACGGUGUUUAGUUUGAGGUAUUUGAGAAUAGAAAUUGAUACAGCACUGUCGGAAUUGGUCAUCUAACCAGACACCGCUUAGGUGGAGCUCUCAAAUAUAGCAAAAGAGCCAUAUUCCCCGGAAUACUUGUACGUGUACAUGUACAUGUACCUCCAGUUUGGUAUCAGUUCCGGCCUAGUCGCGAGAUGUUUUUCCCUUUGAGAAUAUUUUAUCCCAGUCGGUCUUGUAUGAUGUCUUUAAAAUGUAUCUCGUGCAUUAGUUAUGUUCGUCUUCUUUCAUAUGAUGUUAAUACAGUCAAAAUCACAAUUGGCAUCCCUUAAUUCGCUUCAUUGGCGCGUCAAUGUCGCGCUACCCAGUGCGCAGGUCGCGCGUAAGCCGCGCGUAAGCCGCGCGAAAUAUAGAGUGAUAGACGCGUCACUGGCACGUACUACUUGCUGCGCGUAACUGACGCGAAGCAGGGAGGAUGUCAAUUGUGACUGGGAUUGUACGUGGUUUAAUUGUAUGUAAUCAACGUCACAUUGAACAUGAGGCAGUGAAGAGUUGAGAUGCAAGAGCUACUAAACAUGCUUAAUCCACUUCAUGGGAUUUCAAGUCAAUACAAUGGUUUUGCUGUAACUCUAAUGGUUUUGCUGUAACUCUAAUGGUUUUGCUGUAACUCUAAUGGUUUUGCUGUAACUCUAAUGGUGUUGCUGUAACUCUAAUGGUUUUGCUGUAACUCUAAUGGUUUUGCUGUAACUCUAAUGGUUUUGCUGUAACUCUAAUGGUUUUGCUGUAACUCUAAUGGUGUUGCUGUAACUCUAAUGGUUUUGCUGUAACUCUAAUGGUUUUUGCAGUAGAAGUGAAUUCUCAUUACCUGAGUUUCUAUUUGGGGUUGGCAAUUUACAUCUGAACUCUUCAGUUAUUGAAUUAACAAUAAAUUAAUUAAGCAAUAAGUGAUUA